AUGUUCCUGCCCCAGAGAGCUCUGCAGCUGCUGACAUUGUUGGCAGUUCUGUUUUUUGCCUGUUUUGCAACAUGUCAAGACACAGAGAGGAGAGCAGUGACGGAGCACCAGCUGAUGCACGACAAGGGCAGGGCGUUCCAGGGGCUGAAGCGGCUGCUGUGGCUGCACCAGGCCCUGGGCAGCGUGCACACGGCCAGCAGCAGGGACGUUCCGCUCGCGGAUGCCCUGUGGGAUUCGCGGGCCAGCCAGGAUCCCUCGGAUCAAUACAGCCUCAUCGACAGGGAGGAGACUGCAAGACUGAGGAAGCUGCUGCAGGAGCUGAUGGAAGAGGAGCAGGGCUCCCCCCGGCUAAAGCAGCUGGAGUAUGUGAAGACCCCAAAGGCUAACUGGAACCCACAAGACCUUGUCGACCUCCUACAAAUCAAAGAGCUGGGCAGCAAGAGAGCUCCUGUGAGCCAGCCCCAGCACUACUCCCACUAG